AUGAAGCAACAACAAAUAGCCGCGCGGUACGGUAUCGGCGCGGGGCUAGGCAUGGGGCUAGGCGCAAGCAGAGCGCACAGUGAUCCGUGGGGGGCCCGUGGGGGAACUGCCGCCGCUGAUGCCUCCGCCAUGUAUCCCGGCGCUAGGGGCCAGGGUUUCGCGGGAGCAGGCGGUGUUGGGGGGGGACACGGGCGAGAUUUAGAACGCAGUGGCAGUGGCACGAGCAGUAGCACAGCGGAUGAGGGGGAGUUUGCACCCGGCAUGAGUUUUGGCGGGUUAUUGACUGGGGUGGAGGGGGCGGAGGGGCAAUCAGGAGGGUCUGUGCGGUUGGGUCAGUCGGUGCGUGGGAUGGUGGACGGAGUGUUUGAAGCCGGUUUCUUUGUGGCCUUGCGCGUGGAGGGGUGCAGUGCGGUGCUGCGAGGUGUUGUGUUCACGCCAACGCCUGCUGUGCCCGUUACGUCGUUGAAUGAUGUUGCAGCUGGUGUGCCGCAUGUGGGGGUGACAACAGCAGCGGAGGAGGAAAGGAAACAGCUUCAGCUUACGCUGGCAAUGACAGAGGCUCAGCGGAUUUAA